ACACAAACUUUUCUUCUUCUCUUCAGGUAAGAUAGACAUAUCUAGAACUACCUAUGGCAAACUCAGAGGCCGGAACCAGUGGUGAUGUUGCACCAACAUCAGGAGGUGAGUACCAAGUAUUCUUGAGUUUCAGGGGGCCCGACACUCGUCAUGGGUUCACCGACUUCCUCUACGAUCGCUUGGUAGAUGCCGGAGUCCAUGUAUUCAGAGAUGAUGAUGAACUUCGAGUCGGCGAAGUGAUUGGGGAGAACCUAAGAAGUGCUAUCAAUAACUCCAUAAUCUACAUACCCAUCUUCUCUCGGACUUAUGCCUCCAGUAAAUGGUGCCUCCGGGAGCUUGCACAUAUAGUGGACAACGUGUCCAAAUCAGAGAAUGAGAAGAGCAUCCUUCCCAUUUUUCUCGACGUGGAGCCCGAGGAUGUUAAACUUAAAACGCCAGUAUAUAGCACUGCUUUGUCGGAUCAUGAGACGAAGUUUCCGGAUGAAGUCAAGGCAUGGAGAGCAGCUCUUGCAGAGGUAGGAAAAAUCAAGGGAUGGAACGUGCAAUCGAGCCAAGCAGCUAUUGUUAAAUCAGUUGUUAAAGAGGUUUUGGAGAAGCUAAAGAUAAAACAAAAAUUGGUGACUGAAUAUUUAGUUGGAGUUGAUGAUCGGAUAAAAGAUUUGACAAAGUUAUUGGAUGUCAAUCACGAUGAUGUGCGGAUCCUUGGAAUUUACGGGAUGGGUGGCAUUGGUAAAACAACUAUUGCCAAAGUGAUCUUCAAUCAACUAUGUUCUCAUUUUGGAAAGUGUUGCAGCUUCCUUGAAGGCGUUCGAGAAAGGUCGAUUAAGGAAGGCAUAGCUCCGUUGCAGAAGAAAUUACUAUAUGACAUUGGUGGUUCUGAAUCUGUAGAAAAAAUUAACGAUAGUGAAGAAGGAAUGAGGAGGAUUGAAGGAACACUCAGCAAUAAGAAGGUCCUUGUUGUUCUGGAUGAUGUUGAUAGGAAAGUACCCAUUACGGAUCUAAUAGGAAUUUCCAAAUUAAAUCGAGGAUCUAGGAUAAUCAUUACAACGAGAGACAAAGAUAUUCUGCAAGUUGAGGGAUCUGAAGUUAAAAUUGAACAGUAUGAGAUGCAAACGAUGGAUGAAGGUACUGCACUUCGUCUCUUUUGUUGGCAUGCCUUUCGAAAAAAGUAUCCUUCGGAUGAUUAUCAUCGGCUUUCAAGCGACAUUGUCUCAAGUACCGGUGGACUUCCAUUAGCUAUUGAAGUCAUAGGUUCAUUACUUAAUGGGAAAGACCAGGAAAUUUGGGAAGAAACGUUGAAAAAGUUAAGGAAUGUACCCGAGAAAAAGAUUCUAGAGAAGUUGAGGAUCACCUAUGAUGACCUAGAUAAACAUCAUAAACAAAUUUUUCUCGAUAUAGCGUGCUUGUUUUUCAAUGAGAAGAAGACCGAUGCAAUUUACAUGUGGACCGAUUGUCAAUUUUAUCCUAAAGGAGGAAUCAAAGUCCUUACUGAUAGGUGCUUAGUAAAAAUCAUGGACAACGAUAAGUUCCGGAUGCACGAUCAACUUAUAGCACCGGGAAAGCAGAUUGUUUUUGAAGACAGUCUAGAUGACCCUGGAAAGCAGAGUAGGUUGUGGAUUGCAGAAGAGGCCCUCCAAAUAAUAAGAACAGAAGAGAGAAAGGACAAGGUUCAAGCGCUCUCCGUAACGAUCCCAGAGAUUACAAAUGAAGACUUUGAAAGGUUCCCAAACCUAAGAUUCCUUGAGUUACAAGACGGAACUUAUGCUGGGGACUUUGCAAAGUGCCAUUCAAAUUUAAGAUGGUUUUCUUGGAGAUGCCCUCCUAAGAAGGAUUUUGGGGCGAGCAAUUUGUAUAUGAAUCGGCUUGUUGUUUGUAAACUUUACAUGGUUCACUUCAAGGAUGAUUCAAAGGCAUGGGACUUGAUCAAGGGGGCACGAGAUUUGAAAGUUCUAUCCAUUUCUGAUUGUAAUGGCAUUACGACAAUCCCAGACAUCUCUAAAUGCUUGGGUUUAGAGAGGUUGACUAUUUACCAAUGCGAAAGUCUAAAUAGAAUUGAAUGCUCCAUUGGAAAUCUACGAUCGUUGAUUGAGCUGAAAAUUGAAGGGUGCUGGGAUCUUAUAGAUUUGCCUGAAGAAAUUGGGGCACUAGUGAAGCUCAAGCACUUCUCAUUGUUGAGAUGCAGAAGGUUGAGAGAACUUCCGGGCUCGAUUGGGAAUUUGACCUCAUUGACAGAGUUAGACUUAUCGUACACGGGAAUAAGGGAACUUCCUAACUCCAUUGAAAAGUUAAAGUCAUUACGUAUCUUGCGUUUUCCAGUAGAUCCGAGAUAUGUUCAAGAGAAUCGUGAUUGGCGGUUCCCUAGUGGCAUCGACACGUUGGUAAAUCUUGAAGAGCUAGAUCUCUCUGGGUCCGGUGUUGUUGGUGGAGUUCCCUUUGGAAUUGGAGAAUUGUCAUAUUUAAGAAUCCUAAAUUUAGAACAGACCCGUAUUUACGGAAUCCCAAUGUCAAUCAGCAUGCUUCAUCACCUCGAAACACUAAACCUAAGAGAUUGUCAUGAGAUUCAAGAGUUGCCGCAGCUUCCUACCAGUUUGAUCUGUCUACAUCUUAGCUCUGAAUCAUUGCUCUCAGUCCCUAAUCUGUCGAACCUUACUAAUUUAGUUGAACUGCUAUUAAGUAAUCGCAAAUUUCUUGGAGAGAAAUCAAAACCACUCACAGGAUGCAACUUAAGGUGGAUUGGGAGGUUAUCUAGACUGAAAAAGUUAGAGCUGAAUCUGCUAAACGUCCCUGCACCUCCAGACUUGGCUUCUCUUUCUCACCUGGAAGAGCUUUCUUUGUUUAGCCUAGACCUAGAAACCCUUGUGCAGCUCCCCUCCUCUCUGCUGAGAUUGGAUUUUCAAUUCUUUAGCAUCAGGAGGGCAGAGUUACUUCCCUCGUGUUUGAGAUUGAGAAAUUUGUCGACAUUAGAGUUCUAUGGUGGUGAAGUGGAAGACAUUCCACUCGAUGGACUUCCACAACUGAAGGAGUUAAUUAUUUGCUCUUGCAAACGGCUUCAGAGAUUAUCCAUUCCUUUGGAAUUAAGGAAACUACGGCAAGCGAGUGUGUCAUCUUGUCCAGAGCUAGUUGAGAUACAAGUUGUGGGUCUUUCGGAAUCAUUGAAAUCCUUCUGCGUUUGUGAGUGCAAAUCUCUGAUAACCAUAAGUGGUUUACCGUACUUGAAGAACCUGGAGAAUUUCGCAAUCCUGUGUUGCGACGUACUUACUAUUGUUGAGGGACUUCAGGAGUUAGAGUCUCUAUCAUCCUUGGUAAUCCGAGAGUGCCCAUCAUUGAGGAGGAGUGGAAUCUCUUUGGAGAAUUGCAGAGAGGAAAUUCUUCUAGAUACACCAGAGAAGGCAAAGGCUGAAGGCAGGAAAAAGACCACAGCUUGGUGGAAAAAAAGAAGGUUUUGGAGGAGGAGCAAAGAAUCUCCCAACGACGAAAAGGAAAAGGUGAGUGACUAGUGGAGACGAUUGUGAGCUGAUUCUCUUUUCUCUUAUCUUGGGUUGCUGAUGUUCGUCCUCACAUUAGUCAAUUAUCUCCACU